UUUUUAGAUUCCAUGUUGACUCGGCUCUGGCUCAAGUCGGGCCCCAGAAACCCGCGCCGGCUUGGCGAAUGCGCGGGGAUGCCUUUGCUUCGGAAUUCGCGGGAUGCGUUCAGAUCGCGGCGAUGCACUGCGAGUCCUCCGGGACGUGAAGAGGGGCGCGCGUGUGGAGAACGUGCAGUGCAGCAAGCUCCUCAGCAGAUGCCAGAAGAGCGGCGACUGGGGCCUGGGGCUGGACGCCUUCCGCGCCUUCCAGCGAGCUUCGUUGCGGGCGGACGUGGUGACCUUCACCUGCGCCAUCAAGUGCUGCGAGAAGGGCAAGUGGAGGAGCGUCUUGGGCUUCCUAGCACGGAUGGGCGCCGAGCGCGUGCCGGCGAACGCGAAAUCUGCGGACGCAUGUGUCAACAGCUGCGGAGGCGAAUGGCAGCGCUCCGCGCAGCUGCUGGCGAGCUGGUGCCGGCGCGGACUCCGCCUAGACUCUGUUCUCUGCCACAGCCUGGCGGACGCCGCGCGCGGAGACGAGAGCCGCCGAGACGACGAAGACGGCAAGGACUCGUGGCGCCAGGGCCUCCACGUGCUGCGCCGAAUGGCCGCCGCAGCUCUGCGAGGCGACGCCUUCACGCGCUGCGUGGGGAUGAAAGCCUCAGAUUGGCGCCGGGGCUUCCUGUUGCUUGAGGACCACCCGGUGGUCCUGCGCGCCGCGCUGGCCAGGAGUCCCUGGUCUCGCGCCGGCGCUCUGAUGGCGCGGCUGGACAUGGUCUCGGCGGGCCAGAGGCUGGCGCCCCACGGGGCGAGCUUCAGCUCCGCCAUCAGCGCCUGCCGGGAGAUGCCGCAGGGCUGGCAGAGAGCACUGUGGCUGCUGGCGCAGGCGGCGGAGGCUGAGGCGGCGAGCUUCGUGCCGCGCGCGGCGGCCCUGGGCUGCUGCGAGGCACAGCUCCGCUGGCGAGAGGCCGCGGAGCUGCUGACGGACCCGGACCCCAGCACACUGCGGUCCGCGCUGGCGGCGUGCGGUGCCAAUUGGGUUGCGGCCUUGGCAAUGCUGAUGGGUGCUAAGGCGGCGGCGCGCGGGGUGGAGGGCUGGCGCGCGCUGCUGUGGUCUUGCGAGGCGGCGAGCGCCUGGCCGGCGGCCGUGGCGUUGAUCGAGCGAGCGGAGCGGAGCGAGGUGGACGAGCCCUGCGCCCUCUCGGCCAUCCGCAGCUGCGGCAAGUGCCUGGCGCAGAGCGCGGGCUUGGGCCUCCUGUGGCGCCUGGAAAGCGACGCCGGGCGCUCGCAGCAGCGCGAGGACGUGUGCUUCCUGCCCUGUGCUCUGGCAGCCCUCCUGGUGGAGGACCCCGCGGUGAUCCACGGUGCACUGGCGGAGUGCGCCCGGGCGCUGCCUCAUGCGGCGCCCGCGAAGUCCAAGACCUCGCGGGAGCUUUUCCCGUUGCUUUGGGCCACCGCCACCUUGGGCGCCAGCUCCGCCCACUUUGCCCAGCGGGUCUGGGGAGUGCUGGGCUCGUCGUUGGGCGCCUUCUCGGGGGAGGAGCUGGUGCUUUUGGCCUGGGGCGCGGCUGCCGCCCGCGACGCGGGCGCGGGCGCCGGAGGCUUCUUUCCGGCCAUACAGGAGGAAGUCCAGCGCCGCGCCAGCAGUGAACCCACGGAGCUUCUGGCUCACGCCUGGGCGGCGCACUUCGCCCAGAGGCUGCCGAGUGGCUUCCUGGCCUGGCUGCGCUGCCAGCUGCAGCGCCUGGGCCGCGCCAGGGACGGGCCGAGCCAGCGCGGAUGCGGCAGGCUCGCCGGCGCCGAACCAGAAGGCGAAGGCUUGGCGGCGGUCUUGCAGCUGCCGGACUGCCUGGUGCUGAACAAGGAAGCUGGCUGGGAGGUGUGCGACCAGCACGGCGCCAGGCAAGUGGUUGACCUGUUGCGGUCGAAGCUGGGGUGGCAGCACCCCAUCCUUUGGGACGCGGAGCAGCAGUUCGGGUUCCUGCACCGCCUGGACGUGCCCAGCUCGGGGCUUCUGCUGGCGGCCACCAGCUACGAGCGCUACUACGAGCUUCAGCUGCAGCUGCGGACCGGCUCCAUGACCCGCGACUAUGCGAUUUUGUCUCAUGGCUGGUGGCCGUCAAAUCGAAGAUCGAUUCACGCCAGCGUGUACUGGGGCGAGAGGACGCUGUGCCGCGCCGGCGGCCGCGGGAAGCCCUCGGUGACGUUGCCCAAGGUGCUGGGCCACCUUGCACAACGCGGUGAGUGCUUCAGCUUCCUCGUGGCGCGCAUCCUCACGGGGCGAAGGCAUCAGAUCCGCACCCACUUCGCGCAUGUGGGCCAUCCAGUCGUGGCGGACCACCAGUACACUGCGAGAAGCACGCGGCGAAGGGACCAAGAACUGCUGGACCGGCACUUCCUGCACCGCUUCCACUUGGCCUUCGAAGGAUCCGCGCUGAAGGAGCCGCUGCCUGCGGAGCUUCGGCGCCUCCUCCGGCGCCUGGAGCCGGUGAGGCCAAGGGAGCUGCAGUGGAGCCUGGGCAGCUGGGAGGAGGUGCUGGCGCUAGGGGACGAGCGAGAGCUGAGGGGAUGGAAGGAUUGAAGGGACCUGCUCCAGCAGCCCGCGGAUUUCGUUGGCCGUGGCCGACCCUUUUUGCUAUGUUUGUCUUUUCUUGGAGGCUCCCCA